AUGCACACAGCCUAUCAAUCCAGGUCAUGAAGCAAGCCUAAGAAAUUUCCCAAAAGGAUGUGUUCCUGCUUGUGUUGAAAAUGAACCGGUCAAUUGAUUCCCCGACUGGCCUGACAGAGUUUGGUCCCCUCACCCCCGAUGAAAAGCCUCAGGGAUAUGGGUUCUCACUCGCCAAGCUCUUUACGAGAGCUAUACGAGGGGGAUCUUCGAAGCAGAGCAGCUCGUCAGAACACCAGCGGCAAGAUCAGCGUGAUCUCUUUGACAGUGGCGGACUGUCAGAGCACCAGGCUGUGUCACAGUCCAAUUCUGUUAUUGAUGGAGGGUCAGGUUGGCUAGACAAGGGUAUGAAUGACUCCAUCAGCGAGUCGUCGGAAACAUCAUCCAUGACGUCAUCGGUAUCGUCCCUCGUCAUGAAACCUGCAUCAUCUGGGCACGACAGAACGCUCCCCAAUGUCCUCACAAGAAUCAGAAACAUCAUUGAUAACAGAGGAUCUACACCUCAGCAGUAUAAAGACUCGGACUUCAAACAGUAUUGGCUACCAGAUAGUGUGAGUCGUGAGUGCUAUGAGUGUGAGGAAAAGUUCACCACCUUCCGACGUCGGCACCACUGCAGAGUGUGCGGCCAGAUCUUUUGCUCUAGGUGCUGCAACAGUAUGAUUCCUGGCAAGAUCAUCGGCUAUACAGGAGAGCUUCGUGUGUGCACCUACUGUUGCAAAGUAGUGCUGUCAUAUUUGCAAUCGAACAACCUGGCAGCUGAUGUCCUGGCUGAUUUGCGAGCCCUGCAGGAGGAACUGCUGCCGCCGACCCCAGACCAGUCUUGCAAUGCUCAGCACCAUGAUGCUGCCUUCAGUUCAAUGCAAGGCUCUAGCACCCCGUCUGCCACCCCUAGGGGUACUUUGCGGAGACGACCCUCCUUGGGAUUUCAGGAGGAGAAAUAUGCCGUUAGGACGAGGUACUCUAGUGGGGAUUUCCAGGUGUUUGGCGGCCAAAGGGAUAGUGACCAGAUGACAGCAGAGAGGCAACUUCUCCUGCGUGACUCCCAACAGCUCCAUUCCUUGUGGUCUCAGAUGGCUGGUGGUGUUGGGGGUCUUCCCUUGGCCUCUCACAGACACCGGCUAAAGUCUUUCCACAACUGUUUUGUCGGUCGUGAUCUCAUUGAGUGGCUUUUGGCAAAUGACAAAGCUUCCAGCAGGGCAUCAGCAGUUGCCAUUGGUCAGGCAUUGCUAGAAGCAGGAUAUGUAGUGUGCAUUUCACAACUGGAACAGGUCUUUGUAGAUGACUAUGUGUUGUACCGUCCAAUGAGACCGAGUACAGGUGGGAGCGAACAGACUGCUCAGGAGGGCUUGAAUCGUGCGCAGGAUGGAGGCCAGGAACCUUUGUGGGUGAAACAAAUCACUUCAAUGGCAGAGAGUAUUGAAGGAGAAGUAGAUUCUAAUGGCAGUAGCAAAGUCCACAAGGAAGAGCCAGCACACACUGUUGACACACCUACCUCCAUCACCUCUUCUACCUCCAACUAUUGUCUGGACCUCAACGUAAAAGAUAAUGUUGUGUCCAUGAGGAAGCCUCCAAAUGUCUCAAGGCAUAGCAGUCCUGAGAGUGACCAGGUGGAUGCACGAAGUCCUGGGAUGGCAUCUAGUUCUGGGCAAGUUCCAUACUCGACAACUGUAUCUGCUGUUCUCAGUGCCAAUGCCCAGCUUCCUUUCUCAGGGGAUGUAAUGAACUCAACUGCUGUUAUGUCAGAUGAAGUGUUACAGGCACUAAGGGGACAUGAUAGUAGUCAGCCCUAUGCUAGGUCGUCUGGCUGGACGCAGGAGGAGAAACUCACACAAAAUGAUGAAGAAUGUCUAAUGCAACAGAGGUUAAAUGCAAUGUGGAAUGCCCAUGAGACAGCCUUGCUCUGCCAGCUUCUUGACUCGGGUGGCUUGUCGCCCUCGUGGGCUGAGGUGAUCCUGCCGAUUGUUCACACUGUCACUGACAUCAUAAGGCCUGAUGUCAAGAACGAUAGUGAUGAUAUGGACAUCCGGCAAUAUGUCCAGUUCAAGAAAGUUCCGGGAGGCAGCAGGAGCGAGUGCCAGAUCCUGAAUGGGGCCGUCUGCACCAAGAAUGUUGCAGACAGGUCCAUGGCCACGCGGCUCACUGACCCCCAGAUUCUCCUCGUGGCCUCUACCAUUGACUACCAGCGCGGCAACGACAACAAGCUCCUGGCGUUGGACAACCUGCUGCUUCAGGAAGCGGACUAUCUAAAAAAUGUUGUGGCCAAGAUUGUUUCUUACAAACCAGACAUAAUACUUGUGGAGAAAAGCAUUGCCUUCUUAGCACGAGAGUACCUCCAGGCCCAUGGCAUUACACUUGUGAUGAAUGUGAAACCCUCAGUAAUGGAACGUGUUGCAAGAUGCACUCAGGCAGAAGUUGUCUCUUCAAUCGAUGCUCAGCUAACACGACCUACAUUAGGCAUGUGCCACAAUUUUUACACAAGAUCUUACCCAAUGCCUGGAAAGAACAAGCAGAAGACUCUGAUGUUCUUUGAUGGAUGUGCCAUGCACCUGGGAUGUACAAUCAUACUCCGAGGAGCGACCAAUGCGGAGCUGAAACGAGUGAAAAGGAUAAUGUACUUCAUGGUUUAUGCAGUGUAUAACUGGAGACUUGAAAGAGCUUUCUUGAUGGAUGAAUAUACACUCAUCCCACCCCUUCCAUCAGAAAGCUUUGACCUUGAAGAUCAGGUGUUUGAGGAAGACCUGAAGACAGGCCCCAAAGCUGGGAGUUUAGAUCUGGAGCCUAUGACAAAGACCUCAAAGUCCGCUGCUAAAAAGGAAGAUGGGGAAGCUGCAUCUGCAGAACAAGGUGCUACUAACAGAUCAAGGUCGUUAAAUUCCCAGAGAGACCCAGUGUCAAGUUCUGGAGAAGUGUCUGUUUCAUCGAGUGGAACAUCAGACAAAGCAAAAUUAUCGCAGACAAUUAGUGACUUUAGUGACCCUCUUCACUCUUACCUAAACUCAGGAACGUCACCACAAGAGGCACCACUUGACUCCACACACACCUCUCUCUCAGUCACUGAGUUUUCAAACACUUUCCGCAAAGCUCUUGAGGACACAAUUUUCUCCUGUUCACCAUACCUCAAGUACACUGUUCCCUUCUUUGAGACGGAAGCUGGGAGGAAUUGCAUAUUGCGCAAGUAUUUCCAGAAGGACUUGUACUUCUCUGUGCUACUGGAGAAAGACAAGUUCACUCGAAAGCCACGUUUUUCGGAGAUGGAAGUCAAGGAAUCAAAAGAUGAAAACCAAAAUGUGGAGGUGAAGUCAGCUCAUGAAUUCACAAAGAUGAAGAUGACCACGGCAAUAUCAGAUAAGGAUGUGAGAGCGAUGUUGGCGGAUUUCAGGGCACGUGGAGGCCAGAUGAGAAAUAUAUGCAAGUGUGAAAUGACAAAGAAAGAAUUGAAGGAUCGCAAACAUUAUCAGAUAUCAAUAGACAAAGACAUUGAUGCCAAAGUUGUGGUUGAAGGCUUGUCCUCAGAUGCUCUAGGUUCAGUAAAUGCAACAACAAACAAUGCCAAAAAUGCCGUAAGUGACUUCUGGAGUGGACAGAGUGGGCUGAUGUUGACCUCUGAUGGAAGGGUUGAUGCGCUUCAUCCAUUCAAUCAUCAGCGACUGUCUAUUUUGUUCUCAAGUUAUUCCCAGGCUUCUGAAUCUCCUCCAGCUUUUUGUGUUAACCCAUGGGUCUUGACCAUGGACUUCUAUGGGAGGAAUGACAUCCCACUUGGUGCCUUCCUGGAGCGUUACUGCUUCAGCCCGACUUACACCUGUCCGUCCAGUGAGUGUUCAGUGGCUGUGGUCGAUCACAUCCGCAAGUUUGUCCAUGAUACAGGCUGUGUGGAAGUCCUCCUCCGACGCCUUGACACCAAUUUGGAUGAUACGAAUGCUGGGACGAUCCUCAUGUGGAGCUGGUGUAAGACCUGUCGGGAGGUAACCCCCAUGGUGCCAAUCUCCCUGGAAACCUGGUCCCUAUCCUUCGCCAAAUACCUGGAGCUGCGAUUCUAUGGUGGGAGCUUCAACAGGAGAGGAACGCAAGGGUGCACGCACUCCCUGCACCAUGAUCACUUCCAGUACUUUGGCUACAAGAACCAAGUGGCAGUGUUCAAGUAUAAUAACAUAACUUUACGAGAAGUUGCUCUGCCACCAUCCAAGAUGAGCUUGUGCAUCCCGCCAAUCACUCAAGCCUCAGUUGUAGAGCUCAUCAAAGGUGUAGCUAUGCAGGGGUACUCUGCUUUUUCCACAAUCUUGGAACGUGUGACUUCUAUGUCAUCUGAGUGUGGAAGUCGAUGGGAACCUCUUCUGAUUGAAAUCAAUAAAAUAAGUGAACACCAGAAUAUGCAAAGAGCAUUGUUUCGUGAAAAAAUUGAAAGUAUACAGCUUCAGUUAACAUCACCAACUUUGGAAGCUCGGCGAUUGCACCCACCAACCCCAAACACUACCCAAGAAGUUACAGCCACCAUGCUUGCCAUCACUGAUCAAGUUGUUCUUAUCAAGAAACUUGUUGCACAAGUGGUUAGUGACUGGAAUGCAAAGGUUCAAGAUCUCUUGCACCUUCGCAAAAAGGAGGAGAAGUUAGAGAAAGCAAAGGUUAUGGCAUCGGCUAGUAGCGGAAUGCCAGGAUUGCCGCGGCAGUCCACAAGUGCAUCCAUCUCAACUUCCUCUGCAGCCUCUGCUCAUGCAACAUCAUCAACUGGAGAAAUGUUCAGCGCCCCUUCACAUAAGCAAGGUUGUGAUACUGCAUCAGUAGCAUCAUCGGCAGCACUGACUGGUGUCUCAGCAGAUUCCCUAAGUCUUUCAGCAUCCUUUAGUGAACUGCCAGGACAAGAUGGACAAAAAAUUGAUGGUUGUGAGGAUGAAGUUGACACUGGGGGUGCUGGCAAUGGCGAAUCAUCUGAUAGUCCUCAAGCUGCUGAAACACAAGAAACAAGAAAAAAUGCUGAGGAGUCAAAGGAAAAUGUUCAAAAGGCACUAGGAAAAGCAUACGUCACGCCCACUGUCUCGUGCCUCAUGGAUGAGAGGGAUCACACCCUUCUGGCACUGGCUGCUCUCACUACAAGCACUCUGUCUCCACCAGCAUCAGGCAGCAGUGCAUUGUCCUUGUCCUCUGCCUCUAGUGAGAUCCUGAACAGCUGGGAGAACGAGAGUGAUGUGAGUGGAGGCCUUCAAGCUGUCCUGCCAAACCAGCUCACCGAAGCCUUCUCAGUUCUCCAUCGUAGGCAAGCUUCCGACACCUGUGACGGGAUGAUUGCUGGUUGCUCUUCGACCUCUGGUUCUCCUGGCCGUGGUCAUGAAAGGUCGCUCUCUGACGGAGGGCAGACAGGGGUUAUCAAAGAAGGCAUAGAUGUCAUUGCUGAACGGAGGCUUGCUGCGACGGCUGUGAAGAAUAUUAUCUCUACGUUUUGGUCGUCAUCAGCUAAUUUGAUGGUUGAGUCUCCCUUCGGUCCGAAUGAACACUACCUCUUGUUGCCGGAGGUGAAAAUCCCAGUAGUUGUGUAUGGGGAUGAACCGUCUUCCAUCAUCGCUCAUGCACUGGCGUCUCAAGAGUAUGACCGCCAGCUCGGGGCACUCAAGAAGAGACUAAAGGAUAUGCAGAAAGAGGGAACGAACAUGAGAUCAAGUGACAAAGAACCCCAGCUGUCGCAGGAAGAUUACGACAGCUCAGCCAAUGAGGAGUCGGAAUUCUGCGUAUCAGCGGCCACCACUGACUCGGAUAAGAACAACAAGUCGGCUAAGGAUUUCCACAUUGAACUCCAGUGGAAUGAUCAACAUGCAAAGUUUUAUUGCAAGAUUUUCUUUGCCGAGCAUUUCCGGCAAUUGCGGAAGAUGGUUUUCCCCUUUGGAGAGGAGUUCUACAUAAGGUCUCUGGGUCGUUGCAUUGCUUGGGAAGCGCGGGGAGGAAAAUCAGGAUCUGUCUUCUGCAAAUCACAUGAUGAUCGUUUUAUCUUGAAAGAGAUGUCGCGACUAGAAAUGAUUUCCUUCCUGGACUUUGGUCCAGCCUAUGUGCAGUACAUUGUUAAUUGUGAAAAGGAGCAGCAGCCAACAGUGCUAACAAGGAUUGUUGGUGUUUAUCGCAUUGGAUACAAGAACACCACCACCAACAAAGCUCAGAGAAUGGACGUGUUGGUGAUGGAGAAUUUGUUCUAUCAGCGUAAUAUAACUCACAAGUUUGACUUGAAAGGAUCUAUCCGAAACAGGCUUGUGAACACGUCUGGUAAAGAGGAGUCAGAACUGGUUUUGCUUGAUGAGAAUUUACUCCGGAUGGCCUGUUCAUCGCCUCUGCACGUGCGUCCUCACAGCAAAACCGUUUUAAGCAGAGCCAUUGCGGCAGACACUGUUUUCCUCUCUCAGCAGCUUAUCAUGGACUACUCUCUUCUUGUUGGUAUCGAUAGCACUGCGAACCAGCUCGUUGUCGGCAUUAUUGAUUAUAUCCGGACAUUCACGUGGGACAAGAAGCUCGAGACCAUCAUCAAGGGCAGUGUCCUAGCAGGUGGUGCUGGCAAGCUCCCGACUGUUGUAUCGCCAGAGGUGUACCGAACACGCUUCUGCCAUGCCAUGGACCGAUACUUCCUACUCACCCCAGACAGGUGGACAGGCCUGGGACUGGGGAUAGAACCCUGAUCAUUUAUUCCAAUGUAUGUCUGAUAGUUUGUGUGGGUGUUAUGUUAUGGUUCUCCUUCAGUAAAUAUGCUAAAUAUGAUGCUCUAACUUUAUAUCUCAUUUGAAGGUACCCUAAAUGAUCCCUAUGUGUGCAUAUUCUCUCUACCUAUUUUGGGGCAUCCUUAUUAUAGUAGAAGAGAAGUAAAUAAAUAAUUAAAUGAUAUUAACAUUAUCUCUGUGAAUACAAUAAGAAAGCUUUUUUCGCAUAACAUUUGCUGAUUUAGAAUUUAUCUUGCAUUAGAAUGUAUGAAAAUAUAUUUUAUCAGAUUACGUCAUUAAAUUAUUAGAAAAAAAUAAUGAUACAUUUAACAAUGCUCUUAAGAUUGUAGAGUGCAGUUUGGUGCCUUGUUUUAUUAUAUCUUAUAAUACCUGACGUUGCAUUUAAUCAUUUUUGUUAUCUCUCAUAGAUUAAAAGUUCUUCCAGGAAUUAGUGAGCUUCUAAGGGCAGAAUGCACAAAAGGAACUAUAAUCUUAGAAUGAUGUAGAAAUUAUUAUUUAGAAUAAUGGUAGCAAGUAAUGGUAUGAAAAAAGUAUUUAUAUAUAUAUAUGAUUGAGUGAAUUUGAUUAAAAAAAAAAGAAAA